AUGGUCCUGAAGCAGAAGUUUGUCGUCGUUGGCGCCGGCCCUGUUGGCUCUCUGGCAGCGCUCUACGCGGCUAAGCGAGGCCAUGAUGUAGAGAUUUAUGAACUGAGGCCCGAUUUGCGAGACCCUACAACGACACUGCUCAACUUCACUCGCUCCAUCAAUCUUGCUCUGUCAGAGCGUGGCAUCAAUGCUAUGCGUCACGCUGGCCAGCCGAGGUUGCUGGAGCACGUGUUUGGUGCAACCAUUCCCAUGCGCGGCCGUAUGAUCCACGGCCGUGGUUCCAAUGGUGACCUUUACGAAGCUGCACAGGAUUACGAUAUUCAUGGACGUACGAUUUUCGCUGUCGACCGAGCUGGCCUCAAUAAGCGGCUCCUCGAUAUUCUUGAAGACAUGCCCAAUGUCAAGUUCUUCUUCAGCCACAAACUCACAGGUGCCGAUUUCAAGAAGCGCAAGGCAUGGUUCGAGGUCAUGACGUCCGAGUCGGCCACCGGCAGGGCGAGGGAGAUUGAAAUCGACUUUGAUCUCAUGAUUGGCGCUGACGGCGCCCACUCAGCCGUCCGGUACCACAUGAUGAAGUUUGCGCAGCUGAACUAUCGACAAGACUACAUCGGCACGCUGUGGUGUGAAUUCCACAUUAAGCCUGUCAAGGUCCGCUCGGAUGAGAACCCGAAUGCCGUCUUUAGGAUAUCGCCAAACCAUCUCCACAUCUGGCCCGGCAAGGACUUCAUGUUCAUCGCCAUUCCCAGCGAUGACGGAUCCUUCACUUGCACGCUCUUCCUGCCCAGCGCGCAAACGUUGGCCCUCGAGAAGAACCCCGCCAGCAUCCCUGAGUUCUUCGACAAGCACUUUCCCGGCGUCACGGAGCUCAUCCCUGGCAGAGAGCUCAUCGAGUCCUUCGAGAGGAAUCCUCACCUGCCCCUCAUCAGCGUCAAAUGCAGCCCGUACCACUACAAGUCCUCCGCCGUGAUUGUCGGCGACGCCGCGCAUGCCAUGGUCCCCUUCUACGGCCAAGGCAUGAAUGCCGGCCUCGAGGACGUCCGCGUCCUCUUCUCCAUUCUCGAUAAGCACGCCGAAGCCGAGUCAAACAGCCCCCUCGACGACGACGACGACGACGCCGCCAGCGCCUCCGCCGCCGCCGCCUACGGUCGCGAGGUGGCCCUCGCCGAGUACACGACGAACCGCGUGCCCGACGCGCACGCCAUCAACGACCUGGCGCUGCAAAACUACGUCGAGAUGCGCGCGUCGGUGCUCUCGCCCAAGUACCGCCUGCGCAAGUGGCUCGAGGAGAUGAUGUCUGUCUACCUGCCGGGCCUCGGCUGGCAGACGAAGUACUCGCGCGUCAGUUUCGAGAACCAGCGCUACUCCGAGGUCGUGGCACAGAGCGAGCACCAGGGCGAGGUCCUCGUGUCCGUCUUUGAGGCGCUCGUCUGCAGCCCGUUCAUCGUCGGCGCCGUUUGGCUGUGGUGGAAGCAGCCCAAGUGGAUCGCGAGGACGUAUCAGGCGUGGACGGAGAAGGCCAUCAUGGCUGCUUUCGAGCGUCUUUGA